UUACUGUAGUUUCUUGUGCGCUAAUCAAAAGGUGUUUUAAAAGUUGUUUUUAAAUCGAUGAAUAAGACCUCCCUCCUCUACGCUGUAUGUGUAAGGCACCUCGACCUAUAUGAGUGUCUGAGAGUGCCAAGAACUUGUAGUAUAAGCACCAAUGUCAGCUAUAGACUUAACAUCGUCUACAUGGAGGAGACUUUAAACAUUGAGACUCGCGAGACGGUAGGUCUUUGCUGUGUUAGCAUGGCGUCAGUGUUUCGACGUGUCAGCGGCUGUUAAAGGUCACGUGUGCAUUUAUCAAGGUCAGCAGCCUGUUUGUUCAGGUGGGCUGUCGUUACACCUGCCCAACAGCAUGCGGCACCUACAGCAGGCAGAGUUCGAGCGGGACCUCAUCAUCAGCAGCAUCGAGCCCAACCGUUCCCUCAACGCUUCCUACGAGCUGGGGCAGACGCUGGGUCCCAACUCCAGCCUGGGGACCACCACGGAGGGGGUGGACCCGGACGAGCAGUUUGACCAGGCCUUCGAGCACGCGCAGGUAGCCAUCAUCCUGAUGUACACGGUGCUGUGUGUCGUGGCCGUGCUCGGCAACUCGUGUGCUGUCUACGUCAUCAUAUCCAAGCGCAGCAUGAGAAAAAAUGUCACCAACUACUUCAUCGCUAGUCUGGCUGUCAGUGAUAUUCUUAUAGGGCUCGUCUGCAUUCCGUUCACGUUUGUCGCGAACGUACUGUUCAACUACUGGCCUUUUGGUAGUGCCUUGUGCCCCAUAGUGACCUACCUCCAAGUGGCUGUUGUGUUCCAGAACUCAUACACGAUGCUGGCGAUGAGUUUAGAGCGUUAUAUCGCGAUUAUCCACCCCUUUAUGAGAAGACUUGGUAAACGACGCUGUCUUCAAGUGGUAGCGUUGUGUUGGGUGCUGGCGUUCUUGACGCCCCUCCCCACCGCCAUCCUGUCCAGGACCUCUGAGAUAGAAAACACCACCGUGUACCUGUGUGAGGAGAAGUGGGGGUCGGAGCACCAGCGGUUCUCCUACAGCAUGACCAUCAUGGUGCUGCAGUACUUCGUGCCCCUGGCAGUGCUGGUGUACACGUAUGCCAGGAUAGUGAGGGUCAUCUGGCUCAAGGAGCUGCCCACACCGGCAGAGCUGCUCAGCCAAAACGGAAAGUCGGAGAGAAAGGCCAAGACAAAAAAUCAGGAACC